AUGUCAAGCACAAUACCUCCCAACAUUCCACCCAAGGCAACCACAAUCCAAGCACCCACCCCCCUCACAAGCAUAACCCAAACCCCGACCAUCUUUCUCUCAGGCUACAUAUCCCACCCCGACGCCUGCUGGCGCAAUCACCUCACAACAGCGCUCUCCCAUCUCCCAAUCACCAUUCUCAACCCUCUCCGCCGGGACUGGGACAGCACGUGGAAGAACAGCCCGUCGGAUCCCAAAUUCGUCGAGCAGACGUCUUGGGAGCUGGAAUGUCUAGAGCGAGCUGACUUGGUGGUUGUGAAUUUUGGAUCACUUACCAGCGCACCGAUUUCGCUGAUGGAAAUGGGGUUUGCGCUGGGGAUGAAGAAGAGGGUGGUGGUUUGUUGUCCCGAGGGGUACUAUUAUAGGGGGAAUGUGCAGGUGAUGUGUGGGAGGUUGGGGUAUGAGGUUUUUGAGGGGUUUGAGGAGUUUGUUGGGGCUGUUGUUAGGAGUAUGGAGGGUUUGGUGGGUAAAGAUGCAUUGGAGGAGUGA